UCUUCUUCAACAACACAUCGCAUCAUCACAACUGCAAGUACAAGCAGCAGCCACGUACUCAUCGAUCACUCCUAGCAAGCACAUUAAUCGCGUUCCGUUGAGACCCGUACGAGCAAGGCAGCUGCGAGGAAUCGAUCGAUCGAGAUGGCGGGUCUGAUGAGGCUGCUCGCCGUGGGCGUGGCCGUGGCGGCGCUGCUGGCCUCGCCGGCGCCGGUGGCGGUGUCUGGGCAGCCGGUGGCCGGGCCGCUGUCGUGCACGGCGUCGCUGGUCUCCAGCUUCGCGCCGUGCCUCAACUUCAUCAUCAACAGCACGGCCUCCCCGACGGCCGACUGCUGCCGCUCCCUGGGGGCGCUGAUGAAGGCGAGCACCGGCUGCGCCUGCCUCAUCCUCACCGGCAGCGUGCCGCUCGGCGUGCCCGUCAACCGGACCAUGGCCGUCACGCUGCCCAGGGCCUGCAACAACGCCUCCGUCCCCCUGCAGUGCCAAGACGCGACGACGUCGGCUCAGACCCCGGCUCCGGGUCCCGUGGCGGACGCGCCUGCUCCCUCCUCAUUGGCCCCGCUGCCGCCCAUGACGACGGCGCCGGUGGCAACGCCAGUGCCUGAAGCGCCGGCGCCGGCGACGGCGACGGCGACGCCUGCGUUGGAGCCGACGAACACGCCGCCGAUCAGCCAGGGGCAGACGAGGCCGACGGUUGUGCCCAGCAGCUCUGCCUGGAGGAGGCCGAGCGGCGCCCACGGGUCCGUUGCGCUGCUGCUUGCAGUUGCUGGAGCCGCCCUGGUGUGAGAUGUGUGAUCCCCUAGCAGUGGUUAGUUGAAUAAGCGUUGGAAUUUAUUUGGUGGAGUGUUUUGGACUUUUGGUGAUUUUUUUUAGCAGCAGCACUGCAGCAGUUUGGUACACGGAUUGUAUUAAUAUGUUCAUUUAGCGAUUUGGAGUUCUGAACGCACCACCUGCUUGUAAUUAGUUUGUUCUUUCAGGUUACGUUGAUUGAGAAUUGAUGGCAUGAUUAGUAUGGUGCAA